AUGGACGGGUCACCCCGACCUGAAACCAUGCGCUCCUCUCACUCUGACUCCAAAGACCCCACCGGGCCCAACUCCGGAGGUGCCCCGGAACGAGCACCCAAGGAGGACGUCAUGAUCACUCUGUCGCUCUCUCGCGAACCUCCGGCUCCUCCUCGGACCCGAUCCCCUUUAGCCCGAUCGCAUCUCCGCUCAAGAUCACUGGUGGGAAUCCCCGGAAUGCCUUCGAUGACGCGCGCCUACUCUUCCCCAGGGCUGGACUCUCGUGGACGAUAUAUCUUCGUCAACGGCCGCGGGGUGCCCGCGCCUCAACCCACCAUCGACUACGCAAAGCGAUCCACGCCCUUGCAGAUGCGCAGCGACGAUCACAUCGAGACCCGCCUGGGGUCGCUGAACAUUUCCGAGACUAUCUCUGAAAACGCCGAGCUCGAGACCCUGCCGCGAUCUCCCUCCUCCCAGUCGGGCUCCUCGCCAGUCUUGAUGCCGCAGAAUUACCCGCGCAUCGGUCGCCUGCGUUCCACCUCGCCUCUUCACGUCCAGCAGCCCAUCAACAGUCCCCCGUCGAUCCAUACCUCUCCUACCCUCGGCGGUCGAUACAAUGAGGCCUACCCGGUUCAUUCAGCCUCCUCUACUUCCUCCGUGCCAUCGACCCCGACCAGUCUCCGCUCGCGCAGCCCCAGUAUCUCGUCCCUGGAGACUAUUCCCGACAUCCCUGACGGUGAAGCUGAGGCACUCGAGGAAGAGCGAAUUGCAGAGCUGAAGGCUGCUGCAGACGCGGCCGACGCAGCAAGCUCUGCCAACCGACGACGCGGCGCAUCCGACAUUGCUACACCCUCUAGCUCCUUUGGCAAUGUUCGUGGCGGAGCCAGUGUGUACGCUCCACGGAGUGACAAGCGCAAGCGAUGGAGUGUCUGCGGCGCGGAGCGCCGACAGGACCUUGACCUGGAGACCAUCUGGGAAGACUGA